AUGACAGUGCGCGUUCGCUGUCCUCUGCGGCUUCAGCGCAUGAGGACCCAACAUUAUUCAACCGCUCGCACGCUUGUGGUCAAGGCAAUUUGGCUACUCACUCAAACCCUUGCACAAAGUUAUGAAGUUCUUAGUGCAAACGCACAGUCGCCAUCAAGACUGUACUUACGCUUAGCACAUCAAGCUGAGUACGUAGUCACGUACCCAUCAUGCUUCGGUGAACGCUGGAUGUCGAAAGUCGGUGUGAGCGUUUUGUCAAUGUUGCCUGAAGGCUCCAUGAGGAUUCUAUAUAGGCAACGAACCCAAUCCAAGAUUAAUUUCGAGGGACAUAGAAUUGAUCGAGUGUUGAGGAGAUUGGUUAAUUGCUCUUUUUCGGGCUUUUUUGGGCGCCUUUGGGUAUCGCUAUACAAGAACGUGGAAGAUGUUGCUGAAGGAUGGAAUCAUUACGAUACCGAACUGAAAAAGUUACCAGAAACGCAUCAAAAAACAUAUACUGAUGGAUUCGUGAAAGGUUUACUCGCCUCAAAAACUACACCCCAUCCUACCCCGAAGAAAUCGAAUACACUCACUCGCUUUUAUAUCUUUCUUGUAGCUUGCAUUCUGAUAGGAUACUUGAUGGGCGCAAUUCGUAUUCGAAUAGGCGACCGCCAGCUGGGCUCCCUGUUCUUCUCGAAUACCCAAGAAGUUAAACCAGAGGACAUACAAGUGACGUUUGAGGAUGUCAGAGGAAUGGAUGAAGCCAAGCAAGAGGUGGAGGAGAUCGUUUCAUAUCUUCGUGAUCCGGAGCGGUAUUCUCGACUAGGUGGUCGACUGCCCAAAGGUGUUCUGCUAGUCGGUCCACCAGGAACUGGAAAGACCCUUCUUGCCAGGGCAGUAGCUGGAGAAGCUCAGGUACCGUUCUUCCACACAUCCGGAUCCGAAUUCGAUGAGGUCUUGGUGGGACAGGGAGCACGACGAGUUCGAGAUCUGUUCGAUAAGGCGAAAGCGAGAGCUCCCUGCAUCAUCUUCAUCGAUGAGGUUGAUAGCGUCGGAUCAAAGAGAGUGUCUAAUAGUAUUCAUCCGUAUGCCAACCAAACUAUCAACCAGUUACUGAGUGAAAUGGAUGGUUUCAAUCGAAACGAAGGUGUCAUUGUCAUUGCGGCCACAAAUCGAGUAGAAGAUCUCGAUAAGGCUUUGCUUCGCCCUGGUCGUUUUGAUGUGCGUGUAACUGUACCAAAGCCGGAUCUGGCGGGUCGCAUUGAUAUAUUCGAUUUCUAUCUGCAGAGGGUUGUGCAUUCGCCAAAUGUGGAUCCAAGAGUUUUGGCCAAGGGGUCCACCGGAUUCACUGGCGCUGAUAUCGAGAAUAUGGUGAAUCAGGCCGCCUUAAAAGCUGCGAAAGAGUGUGCGCCAGAGGUGACUAUGCAGCAUUUAGACGAAGCUAGGGACAGGAUUCUCAUGGGGCCUGCACGUACCGGUGGCCGAAUUCCCGAUGAAGAAGCUAAUAAGAAUACGGCGUACCAUGAAGCUGGUCAUACACUGGUGUCACUGUAUACGAAGCAUUCCACGCCAUUGCAUAAGGUCACAAUAAUUCCUCGCGGACAAUCUCUUGGACAUACCGCAACGCUACCCGAGAAAGAUGAAUAUCAGAUGACAAAAGGACAACUUCUCGCAGCCCUUGAUGUAAUGAUGGGUGGUCGGGUAGCCGAAGAAUUGAUUUUUGGCGAAGAUAUGGUCACAACUGGUGCUGCAGAUGACUUAAAGAAAGCCACAAUGCUUGCGGUUCAAAUGGUCAAGGCAUUCGGUAUGAGUGAUAAGGUAUUGGUUUUUCUUGUUUGCUUGGAUUUUUUUCGGAGCCUCAUGGCUAACAAUUGUCCUCAAUCAACUACUAAGAAAAUUAUAUCGGAAAUGACCUUUCGCCUUCGGCGGGAUGAGUAUGCACGAAUGUCAAAGCAGCUCAAGUGCCAUCAGGCGCCGCAUCGGCGGACUGGAGAAGCGCAAAUCAUUAAUGAAACUGCGGCAACAGAAAGGAAUAAGCAGACUAUCAAACGGACGAAGAUUCUGUUACCAUCCAUUCUUGGACUUUCAAACACGUAUGGGCUACGAACAAAAAGCUGCUUGUUCAAAGCAAAUCAAACUUGA